GGGGUCGGUCUCACACGUCCACACCAAUGUGGUGAAUUGUUUUUUCUUUGGAAUUUGGAACAAAGCAGUAGAAACUCCUUUCACAGACUGUCUAAACUAAAUCCUUUCUUUGUGGUUACAAUUUCUCUUCCAAGAUUUCCUCUUCCUCCCCUCUCAACAAAACCCUUUCUAAACAUCUCCUUCUCCCUCUCCUCUCUCCCUUUCUCUCGCUCUAGUGAUAUAUGACUUUCAAGUAUCUGAUGGACUGAGUUGUUUACUUACAACAGAAUACCAAUGUCUUCCUCAGCUGUAACUCAAGACUCAAUAAACUUAUCGGAUGUUUUAUACAAUUCUAUGGAUUUUUACACCUUUUGUUCCAAAGGGUCUACUUUAAAUUUAUCAAAUUCGUUACACUUUGAUGGAUUAAAUAGUAAGCGCAAGGUGUUCGCUUCAUUGUCUCUGAGUAAAAGUUGUUCUAGAAUUCAAAAAUGUUGGAAUGAAUUUAAUAGAGCUAUUAGGUUUCACUGUGAUCGAAUCCCACUUGGGUUUGCUUCUAUUAAAGCUUCUUCAGGUGAUAACGGAGUUAAAGAAGGGGAUUCUGGUUUAAUUAAAGAGGAAGGAUUCAAUUUGAAUGGUGUUGGGGUUGAGAACCCCAAGAAAGUACUUAUUUUGAUGAGUGAUACUGGUGGAGGUCAUAGAGCUUCUGCUGAAGCUAUUAAAGCUGCUUUUUAUGAACAAUAUGGUGAUGAUUAUCAGGUGUUUGUUACAGAUUUGUGGUCAGAACAUACCCCUUGGCCAUUUAACCAAUUGCCAAGGAGCUAUAAUUUCUUGGUGAAACAUGGACCCUUGUGGAAAAUGACUUACUACGGAACUGCUCCUCGGUUGGUACAUCAAUCCAAUUUUGCUGCAACUUCCACAUUUAUAGCUCGAGAGGUUGCAAAAGGAUUGAUGAAGUACCAGCCAGAUAUUAUUAUCAGUGUACAUCCUCUUAUGCAACAUGUGCCACUUCGAGUCCUGAGAGCUAGAGGUCUAUUGGAAAAGAUAGUUUUUACUACAGUAAUUACUGAUUUAAGUACUUGUCAUCCUACAUGGUUCCAUAAACUUGUGACCAGAUGUUACUGCCCGACGACUGAGGUGGCUAGAAGGGCAACAAAAGCUGGGCUCCAGCCUUCACAAAUCAAGGUCUUUGGUCUUCCAGUGCGACCUUCGUUCAUUAGGCCUGUUCGCCCAAAGGAUGAGUUGAGGAGGAAUUUGGGAAUGGAUGAGGAUCUUCCUGCUGUUUUGCUGAUGGGAGGAGGUGAGGGCAUGGGACCCAUUGAGGCUACUGCUCGUUCCCUUGGGAAUGCACUGUACGACGAUGUUCUUGGGGAACCAAUAGGUCAGGUCCUUGUGAUCUGUGGCCGUAAUAAGAAACUCGCAAGCAGAUUGAGUUCAAUCACCUGGAAAAUUCCUGUUCAGGUGAAGGGAUUCAUUACCAAAAUGGAAGAAUGCAUGGGUGCUUGUGAUUGCAUCAUCACAAAGGCUGGGCCAGGGACUAUUGCUGAAGCUAUGAUACGAGGGCUCCCUAUAAUUCUCAAUGAUUAUAUUGCUGGACAGGAAGUUGGAAACGUGCCAUAUGUAGUGGAAAAUGGAUGUGGGAAAUACUCGAAAUCUCCAAAGGAGAUAGCAAAAAUUGUUCAUGAAUGGUUUGGUCCGAAAGCCAAUGAGCUCCAAGUCAUGUCUCAGAAUUGUUUGAAACUGGCACGACCUGAAUCAGUUUUUAAGAUCGUAAAGGAUCUUCAUGAAUUGGUGAGACAAAGAAGUUUACUUGUUCCACAAUUAUCUUGAUUUCUGAAAGUUCUGGUCGUUCAGUCAUUCGGUAAAAAUGUGCUGAUGAGCUUCACUCCACUUCAUCUCUUAUUGGUAAUCAUAGUGUAACAUGAUUUCAUUUUUGACCAUCUUAGUGGCACUCGAAUUUUAUUCUUGGGUAGUUCUUGAGUCUGCGCAUUGUCAUUCAAAUGUAUGACAGUCGAAGCACAGUAGUGUAAGAAAUUUGAGAAUAUUAAAGAAAUGAAUGUUCUGUCAAUCUAUUCUGAAAGAGAAUUUGAAAUAUGUACCUUCUCCA